GAUUCAACCUUCAUAUUCGCCCUGACGCUGCUGACGUCCUCCGUGACUGUGUACAAUCUGAUGAACAACAUCAAAGAGGACGACCUCAUGAACCUGCAGACGUUCUGCACCUUCGGGACCUUGGCGCGGAACUCCACCAACCAAAACUCCUGCGCAUUUCAGAAGCUACUCUUCCUGGUACGUGACUGGCACUCUCCAAAAGAUUAUCCAUACGGCCACCAGAGCGGCAAAACUUUGCUCGGCAAAGUUUUGACGGUAACCGAAGAUCAGGAGCCAGCGCACCAGCGACUUAGAGAAGGCCUGCGCCAGAGUUUCGAGGAACUGGAGUGCUACCUCAUGCCGCACAUUGGCAUGCGUGCCAUCGAUGAUGAAGACUUUGAUGGUCGACUAAAUCAAUUGAACGAGCAAUUCGUGGAGCAUCUGAAGCUGCUGGUGCCUCGCCUGCUGGAGCCUGAGCGCCUCGUGGAGAAGCGCUCAGCCGCGCGGCGAGGACAGCUCGCCACCGGGGAGGAGCUGGUGCGCCUCUUCAAGACCUACAUGGAGGCCUUCAGAGAGAAUAAAGACGAUCUGCCGACCACCCUCGUUGAGUCAAAAAGCAAAGCUAUCGCAGCUUACAACAAGGAAAACCCGUACGCCAGCAACAACGCUUUGUCUGUAACUGCAGCUGAAGUCAGGGUAAUCCUUGAAACGAACAUUGAAGAACACUUCGGGACCUACGUUCAGAAGAACAACGAAAUAAAGAUGAUGGGGCGCGACAAAUGCGAUGAGACCCUCAAGAUGGCAUAUGAGCUUUACAAAAGAACAAUGGACAUAAAAAUUAAAUCCCAUAAAAGAUCUCUAGAAGAUUCUCUUCUAGACAGCUAUCAUUCAGAGUCAAAAGACGAUGCAAUUUCAGCUUACGACAAGGCAAACCAGUACGCCAGCAACAGCGCUUUGUUUGCAAUUGCAGCUGAAGUUAGGAAAAGCCUUGAAAAGAACGUUGAAAAACAAUUCUGGACCUAUGUUCUGAAGAACGUGGCAAAUAGUGCGGAAGAGACAGCUGCAUUGAUCGCAGAUUUGAAGAAGGCAGAAAAAAUUUUGUCAACAGCUGGAAAUGCGGCCGGGGCCAUGGCAGCAAUUGUAGAAGAAAAUUUAUCUGCAGCUGGAAAUGCGGAUGGGUUCGGGCCCGAGGCCGGAGCAGCCGCUGUAGCUGAGGUCAUCGAGGCAGCAGUCACAGUCAUAGGGGAA